AAAUGACUGUCUUUCACUUUUUGAAAGAGGAUCGACAGAAGAUGGUUUAUAUACAAUACAACCCCUCAUAGGUUUAAACAUACAAACAUGGUGCGAUAUGAAAAAUGGUGGAUGGACAGUUAUACAACGUCGACUGGAUGGGUCAGAGAAUUUCUACAGAACAUGGACAGAUUAUGUUUGUGGAUUCGGUAACAAAUCUGGAGAGUACUGGCUUGGCCUUGAGAAUAUAUAUCGGCUUACUACUGUAAACAGUUCUUUGAAAAUUGAAAUGGAAGCAUCUGAAGACGUAUCAUCCACACAUGCUAAUGCCCAGUAUGACACUUUUAGAGUUGACGACAAAGAUUCAAAUUUUAGAUUGCAUGUAAGUGGUUUCUCCGGAAAUUAUGGUGAUGGUCUUAAUUACCAUGAUGAAAAUAUGUUUACUACGAAAGAUAGGGAUAACGACGAAUCAGAAGACAACUGCGCUCAAACAUACAAAGGUGCAUGGUGGUAUAAAGUUUGUCAUGCUAGCAAUUUGAAUGGUUUGUACUUAUCAGGGAAUCACUCUUCGCACGGCAAGGGGGUAACCUGGUACCAUUGUUAGGAUCAUAGUUUUUCUAUUCGCAGUGUAGUAAUGAAGGUUAAAAGAAAUUUCCCUUAACACUUCAACGACGGCAAAUGCGAUACUGUACUAAAGUUUUGACAUAUUUAUUACGAUACUGGAAAGAACAAAACAAAAAAAGCUUAACAUUACUUAUCGGUUAACAAAAGAAGUGAUAUGGUAAGAUUCGUCUCGGUACGAAAAUGUCGACUACAUGGACAUGGUAUAUAAUUUUUAGUGUAGCAAAAAUGUGUACUUAAUCUGUCGAUGUUUGUAUCUUUUUCACAGUAGUUUAUUUUAAUUUAAUUCAGCUGAUAGAAUAGUUAAGCUGAAAAUAAUGAACGUGUAUUGACAAAAUCCAUUUUCGAAAUUUCGUGAUUCAGGUAAUCAUUCCAGAAUAAAGUGCAGCACUAAA